AUGAUCAUCCCGGGAUCCACUUUAUAUGUUACUUCGCUAUGGCUGAUCAAGGCCAGCAUGGUGAUCUUCUACAAGCGUCUGGCAGAUCGCACCCGGUAUCAGAUUGUGUAUAAUAUCACACUUGGUCUCCUGGCUGCGACCUGGCUAGUGCUGUUUUUCGAUAUUGUGUUCAAGUGUUAUCCGGUCCAGCGGCAGUGGCAGGCGAUUACAAAUCCCGAAUUGACAUGUCCCCAAGGACCGUCCACAAUAAAUUACUGGCUCACGAUUCUCUUCAACAUUUUCACUGAUGUCUUCAUCAUUUGCCUCCCCAUUACGCAGGUUGCAAGACUCAAGAUGCCCACGAAACAAAAAUGGGGUGUCAUUUCUGUUUUCCUCCUGGGUAUUCUGGUAGUCAUAACCAGCAUCAUCCGGGCAAUCUACUCCUACCGCAACGAACAAAUGAUCACUUGCACCGUCUCCAUGGUCGAAACCGCCAUCGCCAUCAUCGCGUCUUGUCUCCCCGUUCUCCGCACGCUAGUAUUCGGCUCUCACUCUCGCACGGGAACCUAUAGCGGCCGCCGCGGCUACGAGCUCUCUCACUCUGGCGUACAUACCGGCGCCAACGCGCAGCACACCGCCGUCUCCACCUCACAGGGUCAGACUGACCGCGGCAUAGAUGACAUCUCGUUCAAUGACUCCGAGGACGGAUUAGUGAAGGAUACGCCCCCGACUUCCGGACCAGGGAUCGCCGUCAGACAUGAGUAUUUCGUGCAUCAGGAUUCUGUAUAA